AAACAUUAAUAAUUUUUCUUAAUUUAAUUAAUUUUUAGAAUUAUAAAAUAACAAUAAAUUUUAGAUUAGACAAAUCAAAUAAAUUGUAGUUCAGUUAUAUGUACAUUUUUGACUAAAAAAUGAAUACACAAUCCACAGGAAUAUACCAUUGGAAAUGGGGAGACAUUGCCCUAGCUAGAGUUUGCAAAAAAGUUUGCGCAAAAGUACAAGUGGUGAAAAAUGAAGAUGGACUAUUUUAUGAUGAAAAAGUUCUAGGGAUAACAGUUGAAGAGAACGGCUUAGCAGUAACAACUGAGCUCUGCUACUAUGUGGAGACAGUGCGCACCAAACAGCAGUUGUGGCUGCCGUACACCUGCAUGCAUCUAGCUGAGCGCUCCAGGCCUUUCUAUGGAUAUGAUGAUAAAAAUCCUGUGACAAAACCUGGUGAACAGACUACUCCUAAAAAGAGAAAAAUCAUAGAAGAUCACGUACUACCGCCAAACAAGAAACCUAUACAAAAUAAGGAACCAGAUUCUAAUCAAUCCUUGGAAAAAAUACAGACACCUUGCUUACUCAGAUAUGGAAGUACUUUCAGAGAGUUUGUUAGAAUUGGCAAAGAAAAGGUCUUCGAUGAUUUCUGCAAGGCUUUUUGCUUUGAAAAGGAGAACAACACAAAUAUAUCAGGUUAUAUUGAGAAUAAAAACGUGACUACAGAGGCUAAAUUCGAAAUUGAUAUUAAAAAUAUUGUGACUGGGCAAGAAGUUGACAAUCACCUACAUCGGUGCUGGAAGUAUGAUUAUGAACAGAAAGAAUUUGAUUAUAAUAGUGACUAUGAAUCUGAGAAAAUGCUAUUUGAGUUUAGGAACAGCAGUAUACCUCUGACUGUGCAUGCACCGUGGUGCUUGGUGUGUGGUGACGCGGACAAGUUGUGGGAGUGUAUCAACUGUCCUUCUUCCUACCAUAUUGCAUGCAGGAGGGAAUGGCUUGUCAAUAUUAUACACCGUAGAAGUCCGCCCAGAAAUGGCCAAACACAAGUGACGUUAGUAGAGAAAAUUCUGUCAGGUACCAGAACAAUCACAUCUGUCCUCAAGGAAGAGAGGGCAAAAAAUAUCGCACUGUGCCCUAGUUGCAUUUGGGGACCCCGAGUUGGCUAUGGCGAUGUGAUUUGGCAUAAACUGGACACUUGCUCGUGGUGGCCCGCCAAAGUGCUUACUCCGGGUGCAAUACCUACUUGUCUUCUGGCCAGAAACCACUCUUCCCACGAAGUGGCACUCAAGUAUUACGGUACAUUGAACUACUCUUGGGGCGAUUGGAGUAAAAUUUGUCUAUUUCUACCGAAACACACAGGAUCUUUAGAAGCUAACGAGAAAAUCCUUCGCCAAGCAGUGUUAGAUGCUAGUGACGACUACAUUGCCGUCUACCUUACAUAAAAAUCGGCCAAGUGCGAGUCAGACUCGCGCACAGAGGGUUUAAUCAUGCCGCGAGCUCGACGCACGCUUUUUGACGGCCUCCCUGGCGCUGUGGUCUUAUCAGUGGGUGGUCCCGGGUUCGAUUCCCGGCAGGGGAAAUUUGCAAUUUUAUUAUUUUUAUUCUAAAAUUCCUCUGGUCUGGU